AUGAGUUUCCUUGUCUGUACUUGCCUGAGUGAUUUCACACAUUGCUCUCUAUAAAUAAGGGCACCCUUUGCAUGAGACAGGAAGUUUGACACAGUUCAAGGGAGACUGUCGGAGUAUUAAGAAAAGCAGAGAUAUUUGGGGUCAGAGAACACCAGAGACAAUGAACAACAAUACAAACUAUUAUAGAUUUCAAAACCAGCUACUUCCCCCCAUGUAUAGCAUUGAGAUGUGUGUGGCCCUGCUGGGGAAUUUAUUUGCCCUGUAUCUCCUGGUGACCAAAGAGAGGAAGAACUGGCACACUGGAGUAGUGUUCUCCUGUAACCUGGCCAUCUGCGACGUUCUUUACGUCCUGACCUUGCCUUUGCUCAUCGUUUACCAUGCCAAAGAGAAGCAAUGGACCUUUGGAGAUGCUGCAUGCAAAAUCGAACGCUUCCUCUUCAACUGCAACCUCUACGUCAGUAUCUUCUUCAUCAUGUGCAUCAGCGUCAACAGAUAUCUCGGCAUAGUCCACCCCUUCUUCACCCGGAGCUACGUGCGCCCUAAACAUGCCAAGAUCGCAAGCGUGCUGACGUGGUUCAUCGUGAUCAUCGCUUUAUCGCCAGUCUUCAAAUUUGCUGGAACCAAAUUUACAAAUAACCACACUCUUUGUGUCUCAUGCCAUGAUACAAAAAACCUGCAAGUUUCCCAUUUUAGGUACAAGGUAUUUCUUAUGGUUGUAGGAUGUAUGAUUCCUUUGGUAGUUACCUUUGCAUCUUAUUUGGGUGUGAUUUGGACCAUUCUGAAAAACAAAAACAUAACCACACUAGAGAAGAGGAAAGUAGCUCUGUUGGUCGCUCUGGUCUGCAUCCUUUACACCAUGUCAUUUGUGCCCUAUCACGUUCUGCAAACGUACCAUGAGUUUCUGAAGAUGAAGAAAUUAAAGGAGAGCUGGGUGUAUAAUUCAUAUCAAGUGUCAAAAGGCCUGACCACCCUGAACAUGUGCUUACAUCCGCUUUUGUACAUGGCUGUGUUUGACAGCAUACGGACAGCUUGCUGUGGAAGGAGCUCAGAUGACUAACCUUUAUGCAUUCGGUAGGCUAUCUUUUGCCAAAAACUGGCACGUGUGGCUUCCUGGAUGUUGAUUUUCUGUAAAUGCGUGUAAUCUGUUCUUGUGCGUCUGAAACCUCAAACCACAUAGACAAAUGUGUUAUUUUUGUAUUUAAAAGCAAACAAGUACAUUUCUGACUGUAAAUGACAAUUGAAAUGCUUGAUAUGUGUUUGAAGCUGCAAAAAAAUACCAAAUAAAGAUAUUUAAGAGAAAA